UUGUUUAUUUAGGGCAUAGUAAAAUGAGAAAUAGCAGAAAGGGGAGAAUUGUCAAUUGAAAAAGAAAAAGAGAUAGAAAUUUCUUCACUCGUCGGUAGCCAUUAAGAGCCACAGAUCCGAUCUUAUUUUUCUCCCUCUCUAUUCAACACUCUAAAUCUCUUCACUAAGUGAAAGGAUUGUGAAGUUGAGUUUCUAUGGAGGGUGUUGGAGGUGAUGGUGCCUCAGCGGCUACAGCAUUGAACCAGCGGAGGCAUGAACUUUCGAAACUUUUCCAAUACUAUUUAGAUAAAACUACUCCUCAUUCUACAUAUAGGUGGAUUGGAACUUUUGUCUUAGCAUUGCUUUAUGCUCUGCGGGUUUAUUAUGUUCAAGGAUUCUAUGUUGUUACCUAUGGCUUGGGCAUCUACAUUCUUAAUUUGCUGAUUGGUUUCCUGUCACCUCUUGUUGACCCUGAGCUGGAACCUUCGGAUGGUCCUAUGUUGCCUACUAAAGGUUCAGAUGAAUUCAAGCCUUUCAUACGUCGCCUCCCAGAGUUCAAGUUCUGGUAUGCCAUAACAAAGGCUUUCUGUGUGGCAUUUGUCAUGACUUUCUUCUCCCUAUUUGAUGUUCCUGUGUUCUGGCCUAUAUUGUUGUGCUACUGGAUUGUUCUGUUCGUCCUUACCAUGAGGCGACAAAUUACACACAUGAUUAAAUACAGAUACAUUCCUUUCAACCUUGGAAAGCAGAAAUAUUCCGGGAAAAGGCCAUCAGCAAGUGGCAGCAGCCCAAGAGCCGACUGAGCUUUUGCCA